UCGAAUUGCGGCGCCCCGCUCCGCUCUUCUUCACCCACACCCGAACGGGACGUUUUAUUCCGGGAUAAUGACAAAUCUGGUGAAAUCUGGAGUUUUCCAAACCUGCAGCUAAUCUGAGCCAAGACGAAGAACCACGCGCCCCCAGCCAGCCCUCCUCCCUUUUGCCAGCUUUACAGAAUUUAGACAUCGCCGUCUAAUCUGGAUUCCUUCGGUAGAAAACCCUUCUCUUGUGCGUGGGGGUGUGUUUAAAGCCUCUUGCUUGCCUGGUGUGUUUUGCUGGAGGGAACUUUGGGAAGACGUGUCUCUCCUCUCGUCUUCAAACCUGCAAGGAUCCCAUCACACGGAUUAGCGAUUUCCCUCUACAAACAGGGCAACUCCCACCCCCAAUACCUACUGCAAGGACGGCCCACUCUGGAAAAGCGCCUGGACUCAGCGGCUGAGGGCAUUCGGAGCUUCCCGGAAUCUCUUCCGCCAGGAAACAAAGGAUCGGGAGCAACUUCUCCGCUCUCCCCCCGCCCCCAAUCCUGAAAGAAAUCUUUUAACCAGCUGACCAUCACCAUGGGUCCUUCCCGAAGGACGUUCCUUAUCCUGGGCUGCCUUCUGACAGGGCCAUGGUUAGCCUCUUGCCAGUCUUCGCUUCCCACGAUUUAUCCCAAGAAAGAUGAAAUGGUGGUGCAGCUGAAUUCCCUCUUCACCCUAACAUGUUUUGGAGACAGCGAAGUAAGCUGGCAACAUCCAAUAGUCGAAGGCAACCACACCGUAGUCAUCAGGAACGAAGAGAACAACAGUGGCCUUUUUGUGACUGUGCUUGAGGUGGCAAAUGCUUCCGCUUCUCACACUGGAUUGUAUACAUGUUACUACAAUCAUUCUCAAGAGGAAGAUGGUGAGGUUGAGGGGAAGGACAUCUAUGUCUAUGUGCCAGAUCCGGCUGUCCCCUUUGUUCCUUCAUCUCCUGAAGAUUUGCUUAUUGUCAUUACUGAGGAAGACUGGUCCUCCAUCAUCCCUUGCCGUACAAGUGACCCUGACGCUCAAGUGACGUUAAUGAACAGUAAUGGGAAGGUCUUGUAUGCCUUCUAUGACAACAGACAGGGAUUCAUUGGCAACUUCUCUGCAGGCUCCUAUAGGUGCAAGACCACUGUUAAGGCAGUGGAGUUUCUGACUGCUGCAUUUGUCAUCUAUUUUUACAAAGCUACAUCCAAUCUUCAUGUUGACAUUGAGCCCCUCAAGACGGUGUAUACAACAGGAGAAACCAUUGUUGCAACUUGUGUGGUCUUGGAUACUGAAGUGGUGAACUUACAGUGGAAUUAUCCAGGGAAAAUGAAGAACAAAGGUAUAAUCUCACUAGAGGAUAUCAAAAAUCCAACCCAGAAGCUGGUUUACAACUUGACUAUUCCAGAUGCUUCAGUGAAAGACACGGGAGAAUACGAAUGUGCAGCUCGACAUGUGACCAAAGAUUACAAAGAAUCCAAAAGGGUGCUCAUCACAGUUCAUGAUAAAGGGUUCAUUCAUUUGGAACCCCAUUUCAACCACAUGGAAGCUGUCAACCUGCAUAAAGUUAAAAGCUUUCUAGUUGAUGUGUAUGCAUACCCAGAGCCAAAACUGUUUUGGCUGAAGGACAAUGUUACUCUGAUGGAGAAUCUUACAGAGAUUGUCACUAGCUCCAAGCAGAUCGAGGAGACGAGGUACCAGAGUAUAUUAAAAUUAAUUCGAGCCAAGGAAGAAGACAGUGGACACUAUACACUUGUAGCACAGCAUGAAGAUGAAAUUCAAAGAUAUACUUUCUCUCUGCUCAUACAAGUUCCAGCUUUAAUACGAGACCUGGUGGAUAAUCAUCACGGCUCUGCUGGGCAGACAGUUAGAUGCUUGGCGAAAGGGAUGCCCCUCCCUGAUGUGGAAUGGCUGGUUUGCAAGGACAUUAAAAAAUGCAGCAAUGAUACCUCAUGGACCCUCCUGACUAGCAACAUCUCUGAUAUUACUAUGGAGACUCAUUUUGAUGAGAAAGACAUGGUUGAAAGCCAAGUGACUUUUCAGAAGGUGGAAGAAACUUUGGCUGUUCGAUGUAUAGCGAGGAAUGACCUUCACACCGCCAUGCGGGAACUGAAGCUUGUAGCUCCGACUUUAAGAUCAGAACUGACUGUGGCUGCUGCAGUUCUAGUGUUGCUAGUGAUUGUAAUAAUUUCACUGAUUGUCCUGGUGAUCAUAUGGAAACAGAAACCGAGAUAUGAGAUAAGAUGGAGAGUCAUUGAGUCCAUCAGCCCCGAUGGCCAUGAAUAUAUCUAUGUAGACCCCAUGCAACUGCCGUACGACUCGAGAUGGGAAUUUCCUAGAGAUGGAUUAGUGUUGGGUCGGAUUCUUGGCUCCGGAGCUUUUGGGAAAGUAGUUGAAGGAACUGCAUAUGGAUUAAGCCGGUCGCAACCAGUGAUGAAGGUGGCUGUGAAAAUGUUGAAACCCACUGCAAGAUCCAGUGAAAAGCAAGCACUCAUGUCUGAAUUAAAGAUAAUGACCCAUCUUGGACCCCACUUGAACAUUGUCAACCUGUUAGGAGCCUGUACAAAAUCAGGUCCAAUUUACAUCAUAACAGAAUACUGUUUUUAUGGAGACUUGGUGAACUACCUGCAUAAAAACAGGGACAACUAUCUGAGCAGACAUCCUGAGAAAGUUAAGAAAGAUCUGGACAUCUUUGGGAUGAACUCAGCUGAUGAAAGUACUAGAAGCUAUGUAAUCCUAUCCUUUGAAAACAAUGGUGAAUAUAUGGAUAUGAAGCAAGCAGAGACAACUCAGUAUGUGCCAAUGCAGGAAAGGAAAGACAGGUCAAAAUAUUCUGACAUCCAAAGGUCUUUGUAUGAUCGGCCUGCUUCGUAUAAGAAAAAAUCUCUGUGGGAACCAGAUGUUAAGAACCUUAUGUCUGAUGAUAAUUCGGAAGGCCUCAGUUUGUUGGACCUACUGAGCUUCACUUACCAAGUUGCACGGGGGAUGGAGUUCUUAGCUUCUAAAAAUUGUGUGCACCGAGAUUUGGCAGCGCGAAACGUCCUCCUGGCUCAAGGAAAAAUUGUGAAGAUCUGUGACUUUGGUCUGGCAAGAGACAUCAUGCAUGAUUCAAAUUAUGUAUCCAAAGGCAGUACCUUCCUUCCAGUGAAAUGGAUGGCACCCGAAAGCAUUUUUGACAACCUGUAUACAACGCUAAGCGACGUCUGGUCUUAUGGCAUUCUGCUGUGGGAAAUAUUUUCUCUUGGUGGCACUCCGUACCCUGGCAUGAUGGUUGAUUCUACAUUCUAUAACAAAAUUAAAAGUGGCUAUCGAAUGACAAAACCUGACCAUGCUACUAGUGAGGUGUAUGACAUCAUGGUGAAGUGCUGGAACAGCGAACCAGAGAAAAGACCUUCUUUUUACCACUUGAGUGAAAUAGUUGAGAAUCUGUUGCCUGGAGAAUACAAGAAGAGUUAUGAGAGAAUUCACUUGGACUUCUUGAAGAGCGACCAUCCUGCUGUCACACGCAUGAGAGUGGACUGUGACAACACCUACAUUGGAGUCACCUACAAGAAUGAAGACAAAAUGAAGGACAGGGAGAGUGGAUUUGAUGAACAAAGACUCAGCGCUGACAGCGGCUACAUAAUCCCUCUGCCAGAUAUUGACCCGGUUUCAGAAGAUGAACUUGGCAAAAGGAACAGGCACAGUUCCCAGACGUCUGAAGAAAGUGCCAUUGAAACUGGUUCCAGCAGUUCUACAUUUGUCAAGCGCGAGGAUGAGACCAUUGACGACAUCGACAUUAUUGAUGACAUUGGAAUGGAUUCGUCAGAACUGGUCGAGGACAGCUUCCUGUAACUCUGGAGGAAGUAGUGGACAACUUUUGAGCUGUAUUAAACAAACAAACAAACAAAGGGGGAAAUGCAGCAUAUUACUCAUGAACUUUUGACUCCAUAAGGAAAACCACUUUUAAAGCAGAUGGCAAAGACUUACAAUGCCAACAAGGGGAUAAAGAUCUUGCCUGGUUUGUAAAAACAAGACAUUUGGAAACCAGCUUUUAAGCAUUGCUCCUUCAGUAGCAUCUCAGUAUUGUUUGCAGUUUCGGUAGAUAGGCGGACAAAGGAAAAGGCCACAGAUAAUCCAGUUUGUGUUUCAAGGGCAUUCAUGACUCAGAUGGACAACAUUUCCACUAUGGUGAAACAUCACCAACAUUACUGUGUAAAUACCUGUCCUUACCAGGAGAUUUUGUGGACUACACAUUUUUCUUUUUUAGAAGACCACUCAAGACUUCUGCAUACUUUCUUCCUUCAAUCUCAUUAUAAGCUGCUGUUGAACUAUUACAUGAGAUGAAGUACAUGUAAAAAAGAAACCACUUUUGAAACUUCAAGGGAUUGGUACUAGGUAACUUUUCAACUUUUGCAGCUCAUGCAAACAGAAGGGAAUAAUAGUAAUGUCCAAAACUUAUACAAUAGCUUAGUAAAUAAACGAGACCCUUCAUAACCUUAGAGGAAUAGCUGUUUACCUACUACAAAUGUUCUCAGUAUCACUAAGUAUAGUUUAUAACUACUCCUUGUCCUUCAUUAAAACCACAAAAAGUUACUAACGAACUAAAGCAAUUUAGAGUUUAAACAUUUUAAAGAAACAACUAUUUUCUUUGAUAGUUAACAAUGUUGGUAAAUUAAAACUAUUUUAGGAAGUAGGAAAAGCUAAUGUAUUCUAAGGAAUCUAGAUAUAAUUUUCCACCUUUAACGGCACUAUGGACUGAUAUGCUAGUGAUAUGCUCCUUUGAUUCAGCGGAACUAUUUUCAAAACCCGAAGUUUAUUUUUAAACCUUCAUUUACAACCAAGUUUCUCAAGUUAUUGUACAAUGAAUGUGUGCGUGGCUAAUCAAUCAAUUGCAAGGCUGCUUGGAGCGUUCACAAAAUCCACUACACAUCUGAAAGUUUGUUUUGGUUUACAUGUGACUAAUUGAUUUGAUACACCAAAUGCUCUUUCUGACAAAGCUUCUUUCUGAGCCUGUGAUUUCCAAUUAAGUAUGUAGCCACUUUGCAAAUAAUAACAAUAAUAGUAAUAAUAGCAACAAUAAUAGCAAUCUAGUUUCAGCAUUGCAUUUUUAACGGAAAUAUAACUGGAUCCUGUUGUCCUUGUCAACAAAUAGGAGUCUUUCACAACCAUUCCAAUGAACACUGAACCAGAAGUAAAGCAAUUUUGAAAGCCUUUACAUGCAUUUCCUUUCUGGGAUGCAGAUUCAAAACUUCAGAUUGGCUGCAGCACCCUGUUGUGUGUACAUUCAGUGGCAAAAAACUGUCUUUGUAAUGUGUAAAAUAGCUCCAGGCAGCUUUGGUUCUUUUUUAGGCAUUUUCAAACAAUUCAUAGAAUCAUAGAAUCAUAGUAUAGUAGAGUUGGAAGGGGCCUAUAAGGCCAUUGAGUCCAACCCCCUGCUCAAUGCAGGAAUCCACCCUAAAGCAUACCUGUUUGGUGUAAGUCCUUCCUUAACGUGCACUUAUGUGUCAAAAUUGUUUUAUGAUUCACAGUGCAAUCCUGUACAUGACUACUCAGAAGUAAUUGCCAUUCUGUUCAAUGGGUCUUACUCCCAGUAAGUGGGUAUUAGGUUGUGCACCAGCACAACGCAUAAUAUUGUUGGUGCUUUAGCUUCAUAACAGUUGAUGUUACAGAGCUCACCACAGCUAUUGAUAAAUACCUGACAGGGUUAAAAAUGCAAUGCAAAUCAAUACUUUGGGCUACACCAGUGAUAACUGGCCACUGGCUAGGCCAGUGACAACUCAGUUCUUCACAGAAGUCAUCUCAUUUGAUAGUGAACCAUGAAGCAUCAAAUAUCCCUUCAAUAGGAUGAGUGGAAAACAGCUCAGUUUGGUCCCCACAAACAUAGGCCACGAUCCUUCCAACAUUAAGUUCCUGACUAAUUGAGCUUAACUGUCUCUCAUUGAAAUCAAUGGGACUUAAAAUGUGCUUCUUUGUGGCUGGUUUGUGUGCAUGGGUUAUCUAUGGUCAAUAAUUUAUUGUGGUUCACAUAAACAAAACAAUGUGGCCAAUAUAGGUGUGCAACUGCUUGGGCAAAAUGAGUAAGUCCAGGCCUUCUAGGUAGCCAGCACUGCCAUUCUGUCCCCUCGACCAAAUCCCAUUCAUUACAAAUGAGCUGAUGCAAUGGAUGGAGACCACAAACGUCUUACUUGUAUAUGUGUGUUGUCAAGUGGUACUCCAUACAUUGCUGCUCAUAGUUCAGGCCUUCUCAUGUUUUGCAGAUCUUCAUGUUUUACCAGCCACUAAACAAUAAGCUGCGAUAUUCUUGCCAUGUUUCAUCUUAUUGUUUUUAUUCGGUAUCUCACAAAACAAACACACUCAUCUAAAAUGUGUAUAGUUUGUUUUUCAUACACAUGGAUCAUGUUGCCCAAAUUGCAAUGAACAUAAUGCAUAAUACGUUAUCAAUGGGAUACAGAUUUAUUUUCUUUUUUCAUUGCCAUGCCGAUAGGGAUGUAUAUUGUCAUCUGCUCUCUCAUCCUAUCCAUGGCAACACUUCUUUACAAUGUAACUAUAGCUGGAUUGGGUCCAAGUUCUAGUUGUAGAACAAAAUAAUUCUUAGUUUUACAGUUUAUAGUUCCGAGCCUUGCAAUGGACUGCACGUUGGAAAACUUUAUGAAGUCAACACAUUAAUGCCAGAAGAAGUACCUGUUGAGCUUAUGGCUGCAACACUACACCCACUUACCUGAGGGUAAGCACCAUUGAAUUCAAUGGCACUUACUUUUAAGUAGACAUUUAUAGCACUGCGCUAUUAGUCUUUCAAUACUAGCAUGAUGGGGGGAGAUCCUGGAUUUUAGUACUAUAAUGAUUGUUUGAUGAUAAUCUUAAUUAUGAUUUUCUCUGUUGUAGCUCAGUUUGGAGACGCUUUCAGAAAAGAAAUGCCCAGCUUCUGUCUGUUCUGUAUUUGUAUAAUGACAAUCGAAUUUUGCCUGUGAAACACAACUUUCCCAUUUUAAAUAGCUGACCCUAUUCCUUAAAAUGUGGUCUGCAAAUGUACAAAACAGUCCUAUGAUAUAAUGAGGGACAUAAGAUAAGGUGAUGUUAUACAUCAAUAUGUAUAUAUGUAUUUUUAUAUCGACUUUGAGGAGUACUGCCAAAACAUAUAUGACAAGCUAUAUCACUGCCUUUGUUUAUAUUUUUUUUUACUGUAAUAUACUCCACAGGCACGCUAACUGUUGCACUUUUAAAUGUCCAAAAUUUAUAUUUUAGAAUGGUAAAGAAAAACGCGUAAGAAUUUUCAAGAUCGUGCUAUUGUGAAAUGUUUGAGAAGAACAAACUAGGAUGAGUGAACAUAGGUACAAGACAUAAUACAAAUGGCCCUUUUCUUAUUUUUGUCUUUAAAAAAACAUGUAAAUUAAGAUCUUUAUAUUUCAAUAAAUGAUAUAUAAUUUAAAGAAACUUA